CGUCCCGAGAAAUCAACGAACCAGGGGAGAUAACCACAUGCAAUGGAUUUGCCACCUCCACUUUCUGCAGCUGACAAGAAGCAAGUUUGUUGACGCCAAGGAUUAUUAAAAUCCUUGAGGACAGUUAUUCGUUAAAAACAACUUAUGCUUAUUUAUAAAAUCGUGUCUUCUUGUUCAUUUGCCUACCCAACAAUCAAGGAAAGGCUUCCUGUAAUUCUAGCAAAGAUUGCUGAUACUUUGUAUAGAACCAGGGAGAAGAUCAAAAGUCAAUACCAGGAUGAUGCAAGUGAAGAAUUGAAAAGUAUUAUAGGAUCUUGUUCAAAGCUUAGAAAUGAAGUACAAACCAAUAAAGUAGCCGUUCCUUUACAAGACAGUAGGGAUGAUACACGGGUAUGGAACCAGUAUCUUCAGACAGUUACAGAGAGAGAAGGGAGUCCUCCUAGUUGGUUUAAAUCUCCUUGGCUUUAUAUGGAAUGCUAUAUGUAUAGAAGAAUUCAAGAGUCUGUUGAAAAGUGCAAAAUAAUGAAAGAGUUUGAUGUAUUUGGAGAUCAGAAAGAGAAAUCUUUUACAGAUUCUGUGUAUCCUACUGAAAUAGUAAUGAUGCAUCUCAUAGAAACACAACAGAAGAUUAAAGAGAAUGCAGAAUUAAUACCUCAAGCUUUCAAACUGUUUUUAAAGGUAUGUCUAUGGGGAAAUAAAUGUGACUUAUCAAUAUCUGGUGGAGAAGAUAAUGCUCAGAAAUCCUCACCAUUAGAACAGCUAGAUAAACUAGAACCAAACAUCCUGAUCGAUAAUUCUAAUGUUGUUCUAAAUCAUUUACAGAGCAGGAAGUGUGAAAGAAUAGAUAUUGUCUUGGACAAUGCAGGGUUUGAAUUGAUAUCAGAUUUAUGUUUUGCUGAAUUCCUUUUAUCUGCUGGCUUAUGCUCAACAAUAUAUUUACAUGCAAAAGCUUUUCCAUGGUUUGUUUCUGAUGUCACAAAGAAAGACUUCGAUUGGACUUUACAAAAAUUAGGCCAGAUAAAUCAUAUUGCUGUUAGUAACUUUGCUCAACUCUGGAAAGAAAGAUUGAAUAACAGUACAUGGAUUUUGCAAGUUCAUGAUUUCUGGACCUUGCCUUAUGAUUACAGCCAAAUGGAAACCUAUGCUCCAGAUUUAUAUCAGUCACUUCAGAAGUCAGACAUGAUAUUUUUCAAAGGAGACCUUAAUUAUAGAAAAUUGUUAGGUGAUUUAAAAUGGCCAUUUACAGUAUCAUUUGAAACAUGUUUACAUGGUUUCUAUCCUGCUCCAUUAUGUGUAUUAAGAACAAGUAAAUCAGAUGUUCUUGUUGGAUUACCAGAGGGUAGGGAUGAAGAAAUUCAGGCUCAGGAUAAAGAUUGGCUUGUAAAUGGAAAUUGGGGAGUGAUCAAUGCUUGUCUAAAAACAAAGUGAAUGUUCAUUAAUGGUAUCUGAUGACAUUUUUGAUUAUUUAUAUUAUAAUAUAUUGUUUUUUUGUCUUUUUGCAUUCCUGUCUUUAAGAUUAAAUAAUAAAAAAAAAAGAAAAAGUGUUGACCUAUUUCACACAAAGUUUGAAACUUGUAA